UGGACUCUCCAGGUGCCUGUGACCUUUGAGGACGUGGCCGUGACCUUCACCCCGGAGGAGUGGGGACGGCUUGAGGAGGGGGAAGCCGCCUUCAGGUGCGGCGAGUGUGGGAAGGUGUUUAACAAGAAGCGCCUUCUCUCUCGACAUGAGCGGAUCCACUCUGGAGUGAAGCCUUACGAGUGCACAGAGUGCGGGAAGACCUUCAGCAAGAGCACCUACCUCCUUCAACACCACAUGGUCCACACAGGGGAGAAGCCGUAUAAGUGCAUGGAGUGUGGCAAGGCCUUCAACCGCAAGUCACACCUCACCCAGCACCAGCGCAUCCACAGCGGGGAGAAGCCCUACACGUGCGGCCAGUGCGGCAAGGCCUUCACCCACCGCUCCACGUUUGUCUUGCAUAACAGGAGCCACACUGGAGAGAAGCCCUUUGUGUGCAAAGAGUGUGGCAAAGCCUUUCGAGACAGGCCAGGGUUCAUUCGCCACUACAUUAUCCACAGUGGAGAGAACCCCUACGAGUGCUUCGAGUGCGGAAAGGUCUUCAAGCACAGGUCGUACCUUAUGUGGCACCAGCAGACCCACACUGGUGAGAAGCCCUACGAGUGCAGCGAGUGCGGAAAGGCAUUUUGUGAGAGCGCAGCCCUCAUCCACCACUACGUCAUCCACACUGGGGAGAAGCCUUUCGAGUGCCUGGAGUGCGGCAAGGCCUUCAACCACCGCUCGUACCUCAAGAGGCACCAGCGCAUCCACACCGGGGAGAAACCCUAUGUGUGUGGCGAGUGUGGGAAGGCCUUCACCCACUGCUCCACCUUCAUCUUGCACAAAAGGGCCCACACUGGAGAAAAGCCCUUCGAGUGCAAGGAGUGUGGGAAAGCCUUCAGCAACCGGGCAGACCUCAUCCGCCACUUCAGCAUCCACACGGGGGAGAAGCCCUACGAGUGCACAGAGUGCGGCAAGGCCUUCAACCGCAGGUCCGGCCUCACCCGGCACCAGCGGAUCCACAGCGGGGAGAAGCCCUACGAAUGUGUGGAGUGUGGGAAGACCUUUUGUUGGAGCACCAACCUCAUCCGACACUCCAUCAUCCACACAGGAGAGAAGCCCUAUGAAUGCAGUGAGUGUGGGAAAGCCUUUAGCCGCAGCUCCUCGCUCUCCCACCAUCAGAGGAUGCACACGGGGCGAGGCCCAGCCAGUGCUGGGGGGGAGGGCCGGCCUUUCUCGAGCGCACAAGCACCUGUCAACAUUCAAGAGCUUCUCCUGGGAAAUGACUUUUUGACUGUAACCAGUGAAGAAAGUCUUUUACAAGAGGAAACUUCUUACAUGGCAUCUGACCAUUCCUACCAGAGAGAAACCCCUCGAGUGUUGUCACUGUGAGCAAACCAUUUACAGAGUGCUGUUGCUUUCUGAGGACUCAUGUUGGAAGCGGACCCAACUUAAAGCAGUGUGCUUUAUCUGAGAUUUCAUACAGGAGAGAGACCCAUUGGUUAUUUUGCACUGAGGAAAAUUGUUAGCUACAUUUUCCUCCACAGUUUAUAGUGCAAUGGUAUCUCAGGAAUUUUUUUUUUUUUUUUUUUUUAAAGAAGUGACAGGAAAGACAAUGAAAUGCAAGCAGUGUUUCUUUCACACUACCCUGUCAAUGGGCUGGGGAGAUAGCUCAGUGGCUUAAGCACUUGUGAUCCCUAGUACCGUACAGUAACAAAAAAAGAAAAAAUCGAAACACUACCCUGUCAAGUCUGUGGUACUCAUUCAUUCUGGAUUUCUUAGUUUACUUGUGUGGAGAGGGUUGUGCUUUAAGAGGUAGAGAGCCUUGACCCUUUGUGUGCAUUGUGUGUGUGUUCAUUGCUGCUCAGUGUCACAUGUAGAAGCGUACUGCAUAUCUUCAUUGUUCCACCUUUCUGCUUUUGCACAGCUAGGUCUUUAUGAGAAAUAUGAAGGCUUGAGUUAGCAGUCCUUUUGUAUGUGAAGAGGGAAGGGAAGGCAGGUGCAUGUAUGUGACGCUGGGAAACUGAUGCAAGAUCCUAGUCAUCUUAAGCAUGUGCGGUCCUGCUGAGCUUCACCAGCAGGCCCCGAAAGUACAACAAGUAGGCACUUUUUUGGUACCACUUAAGACUGUUUAAAUCUUUGCUU